UAUUUGGAAAAGGUUAUUCAGCCUUGCAGCCAAAUAUUUUCUAUAAUGCAUUUUGAUAGUGCUAUUAUCACUUAAUAGCAAUAUAUUUCACAGGUACUUUCUGAUAGCCAGCAAACCAUAAAAUACUCCUUCUUGAAUAAUUGCAACAAUUUCACUUUUCCCAGAUUUUUAAUGUAUUUUAAAUAUUUCAAAGACGUUCCAGUUGGAUAAUCUUCUAAAUUAGUUCACUACUCAUUUUUGUAUGGAGGUUAGUCCAACCACAGGUGGCUUGUAGAAGCAUUGUUACAAAGUGUACUCAUAUAUGCAGAACUUCUGAGAUAAGGCAGGAUAUAUCAGUCCCUUGUAAAUGGUUAAUGCCUCUGGCCUGUUAGUAAGGGAAUCCUUGUGAUUUACUACAUCCUUGUUUCCAGUUGUAGUUACCCUUCCAAACAAAAUUAAACUAUGUCUUUCUUUGCACAAAUAGUGGCUUUAAAAUGCAAGGAUUUAGACCAUUUUGCCAUAUAAAAUAAUUUGCUAGCUAUUUUGUGUCAAAGCUCUGACUUAAAAGGAGAGGACACCGUGUUCAGUACAGUUCAGUACUAUACACCAGCCUAAUGUGUGUCCUCUAGUAUUUUACUGAAAUCACAGACAUGAUUACAGAGGACAUGUUGUAGGUCUGUGAUUUCUCUCAUCAGAUUGUGUUUUUUACAUUUUCUUUACAGCAGCAAAUCUGUUUAGGACACUUUAUAAGUUUCCUAAACUAUUAAAUCAUGACAUUUUUAUGCUAAAAUGUCAUGAUUUAAUAGUUGCAAUUUUGCAUAUUUAAUGUCACAUUUUUACAACAUUUUGAUUUACAGGGAUAAAAAUUUGGAUUUUUGCUGCCCACAGUGCAUGAUCUUUGAAAGUUCUCUAUGUACUUUCUCAAGUCUAUUAAUAUUAAGAAACAAAGGCAUGAUGUUCAUGUCCAAUGCCAAUACACAAAAUAGAUUUAAAAAAUAUUAUUACUAGAAAUAGUCAUAUUUUUUUCUCAUCUUUCUUAUAAAUAUUUUCCUAAAACUAGUAGAGCUGCUUCAGCAUGAUUUUUCAGCCCAAACUAGAAGCUAAGCUUGCUUGUGUUAUGAGAUAACCUGGACCUGCAGUUUUUUUUCAGAUUCAUCAUCUUCUGACCACAUUGGUGGAAUGUGGAGGGGGUUUGACACUGCAUAGAAGAUGAUCAUGUCUUACAGGAACUGGCUGCAAGUUUUCAGCACUUUGAAACUGCUUCAUCAGCCACAAGCUCAAACUGUGACCGGACAAGAGUUCCCUCACUGUCUGUUUUUGAUACAGUCAAGAGAAAGAAGAUUGGAGUGGAGAGAAUACAGUGGUGUGGGGUGUUCUCCUUCUGGCAAUACCAGCACCAAGAAGAACUGCUCAAGAAGUAGAGGAAUAGAUCUUAGUCAUCUGGAUUCAAGAAGAACUAUGUCUCUUCCCCGACAGCUGCGAGACAAGAGUGAUUUUGACCAGCUUCCAGAUGAUGUACCUGUUUCAGCUAAUAUUGCAGAUAUAGAAGAGAAGAAAGGCUUUACUAAUUACUAUAUGUUUGUCAUUGAAGUAAAGCUUAAAGGUGGUGGCAGAUACCUGAUUUUCCGGCGCUAUCGUGAGUUCUAUGCCCUGCACACCAAACUAGAGCAGAGAUAUGGGCCAGAGAGCAAUAACAGCCCAUUUACCUGCACACUCCCUGUACUGCCAGGAAAAGUUUUUGUUGGUGCCAAAAAGGAAAUUGCUGAGAACAGGAUUCCUAUCCUAAAUGUCUACAUGAAGAACCUGCUCUGCCUCCCUGCUUGGGUGUUGAUGGAUGAGGACGUUCGGCUGUUCUUCUACCACUCAACCUUUGAUGGUGAGCAGGUGCCUCACAGACUGAGACGGCUUCGCCCACGGACACGCCGAGUUAAGAGCAUUUCAGAUCAAGUGCCUGUUUUUGACCGCACUGCAGCUCCACGGGCUGAGGCGCUAUUUGAUUUUCCUGGAACCAAUAAACUGGAACUCAGAUUCAAGAAGGGAGAUUUGAUCUAUCUACUCAGCAAAGUAAACAAAGACUGGUUGGAGGGAACUGCUGAUGGUGCCACUGGGAUUUUCCCAUGUGCUUUUGUGAAGAUCAUAAAAGAUUUACCACAGCAGGAAGACACAGUUAAUAAAGUUCGCUGUUAUUACUAUGAUGAGACUGUGAGCACCAUCAGGCAGGAGUUUAACCAAGAUGACAUUGUUUUGAAUUACCGGGACCCUGAUGGUGAUCUGAUCCGCUUGCUCUCUGACCAGGAUGUUGAACUCAUGGUGUCUCAGAGCAGAGGAAGUCCCUCUGAGAAGCACUUUUUCCCUUGGAAGUUGCACAUCACUCACAAAGAUGACUUGGGUGUCUACAACACUAGUCCAGGAACAGGUGCUACUCAAACAGUAGGAGCAAUGUAAGUGUUAUAUAGAUCUCUAUAUAGAGAUCCCUCUCUGCAGGCAGUUUCCUUCAACAUGUCUUUGAAGUGUCCUUGAAAUGAGUAAUUUUUAGUGAUAUAUUACCUUUCAGUGUAAAAUCUGUACUUAGUUAACUUCAGCUUUUUAGCACACAUCUGCAAUACAGACAUCUACACAGAGACAAGAGAAAGUGAGGAAUAGAGAAAUAAAAUCACAGGCCAUGUUUACAAAGCAAGUCAGUGUUAGCCUGCAAUAGAUGUCUCCUGAGCCCUUAGACCUGCUCUCGUUUCUGUUCUCAUUCCCAAGGCUAGUUAUUUGUCCAGAAUGUCUUCAUAAGCUUUUGUUUUUCCUCUAGACUCCCAUAAAUUUCUCUUCAUUUGCUGAUCUGAAGGUUUGUGGGCCAUUGUGUAAUUAUUUCUCUCAUGUUGGAGUCUGACUGGGCAUUCAGAGUUUGUCCUUGGAGCAUCAAGAAAACUUUUUUUUAUUUCAGUGAAGAAAUUGCAGCCCAUCUUAGCUUUCUUCUUUUCCACUGACCAGUAUAUUGAAUUCUGUGACUCAAACCUAGUACGGCUGUGGUGUUCCUUAUAGACCUUUGUAUAAUUGUACAAGCUACUUAUUUUCAUGUUCUGGGAAAAUGUGUAGGAUAUCUACUCAAACAGCAGUUUCUUCUCUAUCUUCUGCUUUCUGACACUGCAUUUAAACGUAGAACUAACAAAAAUUACUGUAUCAGAUUCUUCAACAAAUAAAGCUAAAUAUUAGUUCAUAAA